GAUGUGGUGGAACUCAACUACAAUGUAAAGUACCAGCCAGACCUUCUUUUAAUUUGUUUAAGUGGUCUUGAACAGUAGUUCGAUAACGCAGUUUGGCAGGUAUACAACAACAUUUUUGCUCCAUCAAGGUGAUUUCAAAAACAUUAUUAACUGAAAGCUUGUGUCAUAUAUAUCAGGAUGGUGUGUAGGGUAUCCCUAAAGAUUUUGUGUAAAGAAUGAAGAAGUGGGAGGCUUAAAAAACAUCUACAGUGAAGAGUAUAUGAAAGUCAUGUCCUUAAGAAGUAUCCAAAAAUCCAGCAAAGACCUGACACAGGAGAGGUGCAUCUGGCCUUUAGUUGAUUCAUCUACUGUGUGCUGAAGUCUCAUCUGAAAUGAAGGGAAAUGGGGAGAAAAGGCCGUCGUAUACCAAUCACACAAGAAAUGGACUGAGAAUAGCUGGUAGCAGGUCUUAAGGAGUGAUGAAUAAAAAUUUUGGACUGACAAAUUUUUGUCAGUAUAUACACAGGAGGCCAGGAAAUAGGUAUAAGGGUGUGUCUACCAUCUAUAAACCAUGGUGGAGGCUCUGUUAUGGGGCUGAAUUUCAGCCAGUGGCUGAAAUGCACAGCUGAUUGAAUUAUGAAUGCUGAAAAGUACAGUCAGAUUUUGAGCCACCAUGCAAAAAAGCAUCUAUUUGGCAACAACUUCAUUCAUGACAGUGAUCCCAAACACACUGCCGAAGCAGUAGAAUCAUACCUGAAUAGAAAAACACAUGGAUUGGCCUCUCCAGGGCACAGGCAAGUAUUAUUAAAGCAGUAUGGGAUCAUUUUAACAGGAAUGGAGAAAAAAAAAAGUCAGCCAACAUCCAAAAAAAGAUCUUUGAAUGUCUUUCAAGAUACCUCGAGAACUAUUCCUGAAGCCUACUUAAAGACAUUAAAGAUAAGAGUUCAGACUGUGCUGAAGAAUAAAGAUGGUCCUAACAAAUAUUGAUUUUUAGAAGGCUUUUGAGAAUUCUGCAAUCUCUGUUGUUGUCUCAACUAUAUACGUGGGUGUAAACAUACUGUGUAUAUUGUGUUUAUAUAUUAAUUAUUGCACCUAAUUCUCAUUUCUUGCAAAAUAAUAUAAACUCCCGAAAUCUUAAUUUUAAAGCCUUAGUGUUGUUUAGUUUUUAGUUUUUUUUGUUUUUUACCCAGAUGUGGCCAUGUUUAGGAGCAGUAUCCAUUAAUUAUAAUCUGCCAGGUGCAUAGUGGAAAUUACCAUACAAAAGAAAUUUCCGACUCACUGGAACUGGAGCAAAGACUUUUUAGAUGUGCUAUACCUGGGGUAUGCAUAUUAUUUGUCAGUUAACUCUAUUACAGAAGCUUUAAAAUGCACCACAGGUACAGAAAGUUCAGUUCUGUGACUCCAAUUAGCGAAGGUGACAGGGUGCAGAAAGGGUUGGGCUUCAGCUGCCAGUGUUGCCACACCUGUCAGUCAACGUGGCCAAGGUGAACUUUAAGACUAAACUAAAUGAAAGCAGGUGGAUUAUAAAAAAGGGAAAAUAGCUAUAGAGACCAAAACAGUUGUUUUUGUCCUCUUGUUUAAUUGUUUUACUAGGCUGCAAAUAUAUUUUUUCUAAUGUAAAGCUGGGCACUUAAACAUGGAGUCUAUGGAUGAACUCACCUAAAUGUCACACCCAACUGGAGGUCUGAGCACUCUUUAGGAAAAUUAAGUAGAUAUUAUCUUCCUUCCAUUGAUCAUUUUUUUUUCUUUUUGAGUAGGCUUAUAUGACUGGCCUGAAAAAAUAUGUAUCCACUUUUAUGUAUUCCAAACUCAGGUGUGCCAGAGCGACUAGCGGUGUGUCACCCGGUCCACCCUUAGAUGAUGCCACCGUCAUUGUUCAUUUGUAUGCCUUCCAGUGAAGAUCUGGGAUUUUGCAACACAUCAGAAUGCCUGCAGAGAGGCGGUCAAUAAGAGGCAGAUCUGCAGUAGGUCGCUUUCCAUCUGUCACUCUUGGAUUUGGGGAGGACACAGAGGAAGAAAAAGAAGAGCCAAAGGAAAACAAUGUUAAAAAAAGAAAUGCAUGCCAGGAGUGGCUGCGUAAGGUCUGCCCAUGCUGCUGUCCCAAGCAUGAUGAUGUCACAGACACUGAGGUCACAGGGGUUGAUGAGCCCAGUAAGGAGGACGGGGGAAACGGCGAGAAACCUGUGCCUGGUGACAAAGAGCUUGACGAAGUCCUUCUCAAAGUGAAGUCAAUAGACCUCCUGAAAAGCAAAUCAGGGGCGAAUCGCACAGAGCAUCACACUCAUCUCUACCAAAGUGAUAAUUUAAUCAUCCGCAGGGGGCAGAGUUUCGAGAUGUGGAUAACCUUAUCUCGACCUUUCAACCCCACCUCCGAUGAGCUUCAUCUCGACCUUAAAACAGGUCCACUGGCAGUAGUGGCAAAGGGAACUCAUGUAAUCAUCCCACUGGUGGCGAAGCUGGAGGGUGAUCGCUGGGAGGCUGCUGUUGUGAAACAGGAGGACAAAAAGAUAAAACUGUUGGUGAAUUCUCCACCCACAGCUGUCAUUGGCCGAUAUCAACUCACAGUGGAAACAAAUAAUCAAAAUGGCUCAGCCAGUUCCACACAUGACCCUGCCAAUGACAUCUACAUAUUAUUUAACCCCUGGUGUCAAGAUGACAUUGUGUACAUGGAUUCUGAAGAUGAAAGGCAAGAGUACAUCCUAAAUGACACUGGACGAAUCUACUAUGGCACAAAGGAUCAAAUUGGAGCGAGGACAUGGAACUACGGACAGUUUAAUGACGGGAUUCUGGCUGUCUGCCUCUUUGUCAUGGAAAAGAGUGGAACUUCUCCAUCUGGUUGGGGCGACCCAAUUAAUGUGGUGCGAAUCAUCUCAGCAAUGGUAAACUCCCCUGAUGACCAAGGUGUUUUGGAGGGAAACUGGUCAGGAGAUUAUUCAAAUGGAACUUCUCCAACAGUGUGGAGUGGAAGUGUAGAAAUCCUCAAGGAAUACCACAAAAAGAAUGGAACACCUGUUAAAUAUGGCCAGUGCUGGGUCUUUGCUGGUGUAGUCACUACAGUUUUACGGUGUUUAGGCGUUCCCACCCGAACUGUGACCAACUUCAGCUCAGCACAUGACACAGAUGUUUCACUGACAACAGAUGUGUACCUGGACGAGAACCUGGAGCCUAUAGAGUACCUCAAUGUAGACUCAAUCUGGAACUUCCAUGUGUGGAAUGACUGCUGGAUGGCUCGUGAGGACUUACCUCCUGGCAACGGAGGAUGGCAGGCUGUCGACGCCACGCCUCAAGAGACCAGCCAGGGCACCUAUUGCUGUGGCCCUGCUUCUCUCGCCGCUGUGCGCUAUGGUCAGGUCUUCCUGAAACAUGACACUUCUUUUGUGUUUGCUGAGGUGAACAGUGAUAAAAUAUACUGGCAGAAGAAUGCAGAUGGGACCUUCAGUCAAAUAUACAGUGAGAAAAAGAUUGUGGGCGUCUCCAUCAGCACCAAAGCAGUUGGCUCUGAUGAACGCAGUGAUAUCACCCACCUUUACAAACAUCCUGAAGGCUCAGAUGAGGAACGCAUUGCUGUGGAAACAGCAUGUAGCUAUGGCUCCAAAGCAAAAGCUUAUUCAUCUCCUACAGCAGAGGAUGUCUCUUUAGAAGUUACACUAGAUGGUGAAGGUCCUAAAAUGGGAAAAGAUGCAGAGCUGAUGAUCACGUUGAAAAACAGCAGUUCACAGCAACGCAGUGUCAGUCUGCACAGCCAGGUGUCAGUCAUGUAUUACACCGGUGUCCACAAAGCUACAGUCAGAACUGACACGACAGAUAUAGAAGUACUUCCCAAUGAGGAAAAGAUUCUGGAGUGGACCCUGGAAUACAAAGACUACAAGGACAAACUGAUGGAUCAGGCUGCCCUGAUGCUAACGGUAUCAGGCAGGGUCAAAGAAACACAGCAGAUCCUUGCUACUCAGUUCAGUUUCCGACUCAGAACACCAGACCUCAUCAUAAAGCCACUGGGGAAGGCUGUGGUAGGAGAGAAGAUGUCAGUAGAGAUUUCAUUUACUAAUCCACUGCCACAAGUGCUGAAAGCAGUGGUAUUCCACGUGGAAGGACUUGGCCUUCUGACUGCUCGAAAGAUAAAUUAUGGAGAUAUUGGCAGCCAUGCUACUGUGUCUCUCACUGAGCAGUUCAUCCCCACCCUUUCUGGAACGAGAAAAUUACUAGCUUCACUGGACUGUAAGCAGCUCACGCAGGUUCAUGGUGUGAGUGACAUCACUGUGGAGGAGAAAAGCAACGCCUCUCUAUAGUGAUUAGAAAAUAGAGCCACUUUGAGACUGAAUGCUGACAGUUAUUUCCUCUAUAUAGGCACUGAUUGUGUCUUUUUUUCUGCUUUUUGCCUUCUAUGUGAUAAGCCAGUAUUUAUUUUCACAAAACACAGUGCUGAUUUAUUUUUGCAGUAGAGUAUUGAAAUUACUUAUAACCACAUAACCAUAACCAUAAAAUAUUUGAUAACAUGGUAGCAUUUAUGGGCUGUUACAGAGAAUAGACUGUUUCUACAAUAUGAAAACCAGUAUUAAACUGCAUAAAAAUUUCUUUACAUCUUAAUGUGCAAACUCUUGCAACAGGCUUCUGCAAUAUAGUGAACAAAGCAGCAUCCAUAAAACCUCUUUGGAACAUGUUUGCUCUUGCAAAGGUGUCCCUGAGGAACCAGAAUAAAGUAUGUAAAGUAAGUAAGUAAAAUUUAUUUAUAUAGCACUUUUUAAGACAAAAAGCUGUUACAAAGUGCUUCACAUGGGAAUGAAGGCAUGUCAAACAAACAAUAUAGCAGUAUAGAAGCAUAUCAAACAAAGCAAUAGUACAGUAUAAAUAUAGAAUAAAACAACAUAUUUCACACGAACAUUACCCAAAUGCCUGUCUAAAGUUUUUAUCAUGACUUUGUAUGACAUCUUAUGUAAGCAUUGUAAAUGUCAUCAUUAUGCUCUGACACCCGAUCAAGCACUAUAGCUAGCACUGACAUGUAUUGAUGUAUUGAACUAAACUGACAAUUACUCACAUUUCCUGAUUUUGUAUGCUUCUAGACUUGCAAAAAAAAAAAAAAGUAUUGAACAUUAUUCUAAACCAACCAGUGCAAUAGAGACAUAAUCGACACACCACAUAGGCACCUCAUGUUUUCUUGGAAUAUGCAAGAAAGUAUGUUGUUACUAUGAUUAGGAAACAGUCUGGGGACCCACAGUAGAUGCUGAAGUUGGACCAUCUACCGACUUUAAUGGAAGAGAUGUGCUUAUGUAAAUACUGGCUUAAUAUUUAUGUCUUUGAUUCUAUUUUCAUAUAUAUGAAUUAUUUAUUUUGUUUAUUAUGUAAUGCCAAAAGAAUCAUUUAAAUAUCAAAUCAUGGCUUAAAUGCUAUUGUAUUAAUAAAAUGCCACUUAUUAAAAUGA